GAUUUCGAUUUCCAAGUGCGUCUGCAUACACGUACUGCCUGAAAACUAUGUCAACCUAGCCAUACACGGGUUAUACUUGUGUAGAAGGUCCGAGACGAUGCGCAAAACCGGUGUAUAACCACAACAAAAUGGAGGCUUGUGUUUUGGGACGCUGCGCAGUUGACAGUUCUGCGCGCGAACGUUUGUUUACGGAUGUUUGUUUACAUGUUUAACAUUGAAUUGAUUAAACGUUUUAAACGAAUGUAAUUGAUCGUUAAUAGUCUAUCCACGGCGUUAUUUUAUGUAGCCUGGCUAUAUGUAUAUGGUCGACUUCCUGACAUUUACAACAGACAUGAUGAUAGGCUACAUAACGGUAUUAUAGUUUUUUAUGACUUAAUUCGUUUGUGAGUGUUUUCAGAAUGACGGACACCGGUGAUGGCGAUUCCGUGGCUAACCCGGGAGCCUCAAAUCCUAGACCGUCUUCCUUCGCACUCGGCAAGGGAGCCUUGGCCGGACGCAUAUCACUGAACUCGCCUCCUCCAGGCAGGCUCACCUCUCUGCGGUCCAGAGACCUCACACUAGGCGGCUUUAAAAAGAAAACCUUUGUGCCUAAUGUCCAUUCUGUCAGGAAAAGCAAAGAUGAACUUAGAGAGGAGACACGCACACCACCUAAAAAGGAGAAGCGAGAGGACAGGCAGAGAGAAUCCAGGCGGAGAAGAGAGCGACCUCAGGUCAUACAGUCACACUCCAUUUUUGAGCAAGGUCCUGCUGACACUAUUAGGAAAACAGGCAGCUGGGGCAACACAGACCUGAGUGAUUGUGGACCCUCACUUGUGACAAAAUGUGUGAAAAAGGAAAAGAAAGUGACACAGGAAGACGAAAGUGAGAUUUUACAAAAACUACAACGCGAUGAUUUUUUAGAUGACCCUGGCCUUAAAAACGAUGUGCGACAGAGGCCUAUCCAGCUCCCACUCUAUCAGUCAAGCAGUUUCCUACUGGAGUCCUCAGCCUCUUGCAAAGAGAAGACAGUUACAGAAAGUAGAGCCCCAGUGGGUCUGGGAUGUGUGGGUCCUCAGCAGCCAGCAGUGGGGGAACUCUUUCAGAAGCUCAGCCUCUCUGACCAGGAGGAACUGCUCUUCAUCCAGCUACCCGACACCAUCCCAGGCCAACCAGCAUCAACAAGCACUGAGACAUCCGCUAAAAAGGACAACAAGCCUGAUGAUAAGAAUCCCAGUAAAUUAAAAACACAGGAGCCCACGGGAAAAGAGAGUGCACCUGUUCUAGCAGAUUUCUCGGAAGGGCUGAUUGGCAAACUGCAGAUCCGGAAGUCUGGCAAAGUGCAGCUGGUGCUGGGAGACAUCAAACUGGACGUGUCCGAGGGAGCAGCUUUCUCCUUCCUACAGCAAUUAGUGUCGGUGCGUCUCUCUGAUGGCCUCACCGGUGACAUGAGUGUGCUGGGUAACGUCCAGCACAAGUUGGUGUGCUCUCCAGACUUCCAGACCCUCCUUCAGGGUGUCAAGCGACCUUCUGGCUCCUCGGGAAAGUCCUGAUCCUAAUACAGCUUGCCGAUCACACAGCUAUUUUUAAACCUAUUUCAUGUAAAUACACUAUUUAAGGAUCAUUUUUUGUACUCAUGUGCUUGAAUGUCUGUAAAAAAGAUAAUGGCAUGUUAUUUUUUUAUUUAGAAAACAUGUUUAUUGAAUAAAGAUGUAGAAUACAAAA